CGCAGAAAUGACGCAGGAAUAAUAAUGAAAAGGAUGCUUCAAAAUUCCACACACCGACUGCAGCGUGUGUGGUUAACGAGCAGCCCAGUGAAUACACACAAACAAGAGGAAUCACACAGAGCGCUGGGGCACUUUAGAUGCAGAUGCACGAAAGAAAGGCUGUGUGCUGGAGAGCUCAAGUUAACCUUGCAGACCAUUUGAUUCAUUCAACUUAAUAGAAUAGAGACAUUUCUAUAGUGGAGUAUUGACUUUGGACAAGUCAGAUUUGUUUGGAGAGUUUCUGAUAGUGGAAUGAACAAUUGCUUGAAAAUCGUUUAGGUGAAAAAGUGACACUUUGUUAAGUCUCAGAACAUUUGGAAGAACCUGCACCAUGUUGCGCUUCUCUUGUCUCUGCGUGUUCAUUGUGUUGCUCCAGUCUUGCUCGAGUCAAGUGAAAGAGGACGUGGACGUGCUCGUGCUGCUUCCUCGAAGCAACUCGUAUAUGUUUUCGAUCGCACGGGUCACACCGGCCAUCGAGUACGCGAGGCAGCAGCUGGCACGAGGGCUCUUGUCCGGGCUCAAUUUCAGCGUGCGCUAUGUCACCUCCGAGUGCGGCGUGGAUGCGCUGUACGCGCUGGUGGACCUCGCGCGCCACGAGCGCCCCGACCUGAUCCUCGGUCCCGUGUGCGAGUACGCCGCUGCGUCCGUGAUCCGCGUGGCGACGCACUGGCAAAUCCCCGUCAUAUCAGCAGGUGCCCUGGCGUACGGCUUCAGCGACAAGAGCUCCGAGUACGCGCUCCUUACGCGUACCGCCCCGAGUUACCUUAAGAUGGCCGGGACGUUCGCCACCAUGUCGAAGCAAUUCGGCUGGAAGAGCGUGCACCUGAUCUACCUCGACGACAAGGAGGAACGCAACUGCUACUUCACCAUUGAGGGGGUCCACGCGCUCCUGGAAGGCCAUCACGAUAUCUCUGUCUCCAUGAUGGACUCCAGAGAGCCGCUGGCGUAUGUGGACGAGAUCAUCAAGUCCAUAUAUGAGCAUGAAGUGAUAAUCAUGUGCACACAUACGGAUGUGGUAAGGGAGAUCAUGCUGAUGGCCCACAGACAGAAACUGACCACCAGUAACAGACUCUUCUUCAACAUUGAGUUAUUCAACUCCUCAUCGUAUGGCGAUGGAUCUUGGAGAAGAGGAGACAAAUAUGAUAAUGAGGCCAAGGCUGCCUACGCUUCUCUGAACACGGUGACACUACUGAGGUCAACCAAGCCCGAGUUUGAGAAUUUCUCACAGGAGAUGAAAAAGAAGAUCGGUGUGGAUGUUUGUGAAGGCUGCAAUAAUAUAAACAUGUUUAUGGAGGGUUUCCAUGAUGCUUUACUGCUAUAUGCGCUCGCCUUAAACGAGACAAUCCACAGCGGUUACAGUAAGAAGAAUGGAACGGAAAUCACACGCAGAAUGUGGAACAGAACAUUCGAAGGGAUUACUGGCCAGGUGUCUAUAGAUGCCAAUGGUGACAGAAAUGGAGAUUUCUCCGUUAUAAGCAUGACAAACGUUGAAACUGGAAUGCAUGAGACUGUCAUGAACUACUUCGGCACUAACGGAAGUUUUCAGGUCCUACCUGGCUUUAAUAGUGAACGGUUCACACUGCGAGGAGCACCGAGGCCACCUCUCCCAGAACACGAUGACCAGUCAUCAGGUGGACUAGGAUUAUCAGCAGUGACUGGAAUCAUAGUUGGAGGACUUCUUGGAACAGCACUACUUAUGGCAUUCUACUUUUUUAGAAAGAACUACAGGAUAACCAUUGAAAGGAGGGCACGGCGGGAACAGUGUGAUGGAAAACAUCGCCAGUUACGAGAGGACUCCAUCAGAUCCAACUUCUCAGCAGCAUAGGUUCUGCCACAUCACCAGACAAAAGGAAGUGCUGGGGAAGGUGUGCAUCAGAUAUGUCCAAAGACUUAAUAAACACCACCCUUGGAUUCCUGAAAUAUUUCAAGACAUACUGUAGUGUUUUUUUUCUUGUAAAUGUCUCUUAUUUUUGACUUUUGUAAACUCAGGAAUGUUGUAUUAAUUAAGGAGAGCUGCUCUUAAGGCUUGAUGAAAAAAAAAAAAAAGGAUCUGUCUGUUUUCGCUCAGCUACAGACUUUGUGCCUUUUAAGCAAGCUAGCUUUGGUGAGGAAACUGUCCCAUUUUCAGCAAGUCGACUGAAAUGGUGGGUUGGUGGAAACUGGAAGCGAUAAAUUAGGGGCAUCUCAGUGAUUCAGAUGAAUGGAGAGGAAGUAAUUUGUUAACGAUGAACUGUUCUUUUAUUCAUGCCUCAUUAUUAUAAAGGUGAGGGAUGAAAAUUUAGCUUUUCUCUCAUGGUUUGAGGGAGUGUUUGACAGGGACACUGAUCAACACGAUAAUAUUUUGAGUUAAAUCCAGAAGAUCAUGAGCUCGUGUAUAGUAUAAUAAAUCGGAGACCUGAGCGUAGCAUAUUUUACACAUUGUAAAGUUUGCUGACGUAAAAAUCUAUACAAUUUUAGAAGCCAGUCUGUCAGGUGAUUGGGGAGAUUUGGCUCUUAAUGUAAAAAAAAACAAAAAAAACAAAAAAAAAAACACUUCCUCAUCAAAAUCUUUUUGGAAAAAAAGCUAUGUUUAUAAGGAGAAUUUAUAUUGCACAUGUAAAUGGUUAAAAUCAUAUAUGUAUCUAAAUUUAUUAUGUCAGGAAAUGUUCAUAAGUACACUAUCAGAUUCAUAUCAAAUGUACUUUUUUCAUUGUGUCAAAUGCUAUGUGUUAAAAGUAUGAGAUGCACAUGGAAACCUCUCUUUUGUGCAAAUGCAUAUCCUAGGACUUUAUUCAAGAUUAAUGUAAUGGCAACUGUGUAAGUUACUGAUGUAAGUAAAUGGAUCAACAUAAGAUUGUGAUUGUGAUGUUAUUUAUUGAUUUUUUUUUUGUAGAGGUUUUAAUUUCCUAAUUGUUGGUUUAAUAUUGUUUUUUUUUUCCUUUUGUGGAACUAAAAAAAAUGGUUUUGUAAAAAAAAAAAAAAAAGGUUUAUCUGCUUUUUCAGAGCACAUUUUGCUUGAUAACUGUGUACAUGGCUUUGUAAACAAACCUAGUCAGAACUGUAACUUAUUUAUAUUACCAGUACAUACUGACCAAUAAAGAAAAUUAUUUUAA